AUGACGUCGUACUUUAGCACUUCUCCUAAUACGAAGCCGGACGAGUUGGCUUCCCUCAGCGCUGUGGCCCCCCCCACGUCUGACGCCGACGCGUAUAGCUUCGAGGUCGUGGCAGGUGAUUAUGUACCGAGUGCGCACACGGAGAGAAGCUACCGCCCCGGGCCCUACUCGUCGAAGCCGCUCUACGCCGACUGCAACGCCGGCACGCGGUUGCCACCGUUCCACCAAGCAGAGGAUUGGGCGCCGCUGGCAAGCGUGCAAGCAGCAAGCGGUAGUGCACUUGGCAGCCAAGGUCGCUGUCACAUCUACGGCUUCUCUCCUGUGUCGGAUGCCCCCAGCUACGACGUGCUACCCCUGAAUAACCACAGCCCGCCUGUGCCGCCGCCGCCCGUCAACGCGGGCAAGGACGGUCUCCUGCACUCGCACAGCGAUGGCGGCGUGAACCUGUACACGUACCGCGGCCCAAACGCCGACUACACAAGCCGCAAGCAGAAUCGACUUCACCAGGACUUCAAGGCCCUCCCGAAGGAGGAACGUCAGCGCCUGGUGGAACGCGAGGCGGCGACAUCCGACUUACUGGCCCGCACGGUGCACUUGCGCUUCUUGCCGCUGACGAUGCUGCAGAGCGAGCUGGGCGCGAUCUGCAGCGAGUGCGGCGAGUACCUGCGUGUCCGCAUCUGCGGCAAUUCAACGAACAACCAGAACUGGAUUUACGGCUUUGUCGAGUUUGCCACCACCGCGGGUGCCGAAGCGAUGAUGCGGCGUAGCGGGAUGGAGCUCAACAACGGACCGGGUCGCCCGCCGCUGCGGCUCAAGUGCAACAGCGCGAAGCAGCCCAUCGUCGACCGUGUCUUCCACGACGCGGAUCCCACGACUGGCAACCCGUGCAUCUUCGGCCUCGGAAACUUCGCCAAGCGCACCCUCGGCGACGCCCUCGAGAGCUACUACAACCUCAAGGAGAAGGAGGCGCAGCAGCUGCAGGACCCACCAGCGACCCCGUUUUCCGCCAGAGUCUCCCCGAGCUUAACGGCAGCUGCGGUUAGGCAGCCGGCUCGGCUGAGCCCUCACGCACGCGCCUUUCAGCCAUCCUCAUCACCGCUUCCAGGUGCGGAGUACCUCCCUGGCGUGCACCACGCCGCUUCCGGUACUUCGGCAGGUGCCUCCAAUGACGACCACUGGACUUCUCCUUUACUUUCCGUUGCCACUGCCGCGCGCAGGGCCGACUCUGACGCCGCAAGCAUGGACUCCGCAACGGGUGUGACUUCGGCCGUCACGAAGCACCACACCACUGGCGCGCAGGGCGCAGUGACGUCCGCGGGCACGCCGCCUUGCGUGACGCACUCACCGAGCCAGGACUACUCCACCUUCAACACGGCAGCCUACAGCAGUGGUGCUGCUUCCCACGCGACCCCCUGCCAACCCGCGACCACCAACUCGGUAGCAGCGCAGCGUUGCGCAUCCUCCGGCUUCAACACGAAUGCGACACCGCUUGAGACGGUUGCCGCGGCACUCUCCGUGUCGUCGGACCGCAUCGGCAGCGCGUUGCCUGACUUCCUACUGCCUCCCUCGAACGCGGCGGCGUUUCCAACGCACUCGGACUUGGCAGGCAACCAGCUGUCUCUGGCGCUACAGAGCAUAAUGCUCACCGGGUCUGCCACGGACGGUGACGAGGUGUUAGAGCGCGGGCGAGAGCUGACGCUGCGGGCUAUCGGCCAGGCGCACUGCUUCUUGAAUUCGCAACAGGGCUUCUACGACGCGAUGGGCACCCUCCGAUCACUGGUGGAGCUGCUGGACUUUCACGCCGCGGUGACGGGUGGUGCAGGAGCGACGGGCUCCGGCGAUCACACUGCUGAGCUUCCCCAACGCGCGACGCAGCUGCGCCUCCUUGCCAACCUUAUGAUGGCGCUGCUGUACAUGAUGAAGCGCAACCUCAGCGACGCCCUCCCGCAUAUCCAUGCGGUGGUGAUGAGCUGCAACGACAUUCCCGUCCUGUGCCUGUGGAAGACGGAGCAGCAGCAGCAGCAGCAGUCUGCGCCGCAAAAGGUGACCGGUGGCAAGUCGGAAAGGCUCAGUGACACGCAUCGGUGGCAGGGGUUGGCGGUUGGCAAUAGCGUGUACGACAAGACCGAGGAGGAAGGCAGCUACGGCUGCUUUGGAGCCCCAGCCAGCUUCCUGGAGGCUGUGCUGGAGAGCAUCCGCGAGGAGGACAACGUGCAGGAAGAAGAAGCCAAGAACGCUUCAGCGAACAACAGCAACAACGGUGACACUGCGAGCACCUCGUCCGCUGAGGCGCAGGCGCUGCUUCGGCGUGACCAGAACUUUCAUCGCUACGUGCUGAACGUGCUCGUUGCGAUUGGCCUCUCGAUGGAGGAGGUUCAUCCCGUGAUCACGCGCAGCGCGUACGCCUUGGCGGCCGGUCGUGCGCGUGACGUGCUGGGUACGGCCUCUGCAGAUCUGGACGAGUGCCUUGAGUCGACAGCGCCGAAUCCGAACCUGUGUGAUCGACUCUACGGCCCCGUGUCGAGCACUGGCAACGGCAACGGCGGCAGCAGCAGUGGUGGAAGAAGCAAGCGCGACAUCACCUUCUUCCCGCGCGUCUUCUUCACGACGGCGGAGGCGAUGCGCCAGGAUGUUCUUCGCAUGGCGGACACGGAGUUGUUUUGGCAUCGGUUGCCGCCGAAGCAGUGUGUACAGUGCUACACCGAGUAG